CGAAUUAAUUACAUUGUUUAGUAUUUUUUCUCUUUCCUUUUGGUUGUCACCGAAUCCCUUUCCCUAAGGAUUUCUUCUGCGUCUGCAAUUCCAUGAGGAGGCGGCAGAAAUCUGUAAUCAGACAGAGGAAAAGGAAAGUCUAUUUCUUUUUGAUGUUAUAGAAAAAAAAAUUUGUAACCGCCCCAGAUUGUUGUAUAUAGAUAUAUAGAAAGGCACCGGUUCACAGAGGCAAAGGAAAGAUAGAGAGAGUCUCGUUGCCUCGUUGAGAGUUGAAAACAAUGACGAUGAUGUCGAAUCUUCCAAGGGAUUUGGCGGAGGAGGUGCUCUCUAAGGUUCCACUGACAUCUCUGAGAAAGGUCCGAUCUACUUGCAAAGAGUGGAAGACUUUAUCCAAACGCAGGAGCUUUGUGAAGAAGCACCUUGGACAAGCAAGCGUAGGAGCAGCAUCACACAAGGUGGUCAUGAUGAUGGAUUUAAGAAUUUAUUUGAUGAGCAUCAAUCUUAACAACAAGAACGAUGAAUCAUGUAUCAAGCAUGAAGGUAAACUUAUUUCGGGUUCAGAUGAAGUCGAUAUCUCUCGAGUCUUUCACUGCGAUGGCUUAUUGUUAUUCAUCCCUAAAGGCAGCACUUGUGUCGUCGUUUGUAACCCGUAUUCAGGGCAAACCCGGUUCAUCGAGUCCACUUUCGCUUUUCGCAACUGGUGGAACUAUUCAUAUGCUCUCGGCUACGAGAAGAGCAGCAGCCGCAAGCACAAAGUCUUGCGGUUUAUCACUGUUACCGAUUUUGUUGAGUGCAAAAUCUACGACUUGAGCUCUGAUUCAUGGAGGUUUCUUGAUCCCCCUGGAGGCUGGAGGGUAGGCCAUUACGACCGUGGCCUUUCUCUCAAGGGAAAUACAUACUGGUUUGCUAAUAAGAAGCGUUCGGACAAAAGCGAUGGAGACCGUAGUUUCUUAGUCUGUUUUGAUUUCACAAGAGAGAGAUUUGGGCCGCCUUUGCCUCUGCCUUUUGAGCCGUUUGAUGAAGAUACUGUGAGUCUAUCCAGUGUAAGAGAAGAACAGCUUGCGGUCUUGUUCCAGCGCUGGGAUUCGUUAGAGUUGGAGAUCUGGGUUACCACCAAGAUUGAGCCGGAGAGUGUGACGUGGAACACCAAGGUCUUCUUACAAGUGAACAUGAGCCUUCAGUUUCAGUUUCAGUUUCUACUUACUGCCGCCAGCUUCUUCAUUGAUGAGGAGAAGAAAGUAGCCGUGGUUUUCGAUAAAAACAAAGAACGUUCAUUAGUUAACCGCAACGUAGCUUACAUCAUUGGAGUGGACGAAUCCUUGAGAGAAGCCGAUCUCGGAGAUUCUAAUGACAAAAAUUGCUAUCCACUGGCGUGCUCUUAUGUUCCAAGUCUGGCAAAACUUACUUAGUCCACCUAUGGUCUGUAUCUUUGCAUAUUUACUUGUUCUUGUUUUCUCUCUUGUCUAGUACUCUCUUUUUAUUAGUUUAGGAAACUCCGUAGCUAGUAUUAUCAUUGACGUGAGAAUAUGUAUACAACACAUUAGAUGGUUCUAGAGAGUAUCUAAGUGUAUCACAAAGAUAUUUACA